AGCAGCUUUGCCACCCAUUGGUUCAUCACAACAGCUCUACCAAGAUCAACAGUAGCCUCCAAUUGUCUUAAACCUCAGCACUGCCCCAAUCAUGUCUCAAAUCCAGCAGGGUAUGGCACUGCUCAUUGCCGCCUUUCAUAAAUACUCUGGCAAGGAGGGAGACAAACUCACCCUAAGCAAGGGAGAGCUGAAGGAACUUCUUCAAACUGAGCUUGGAGACAUAUUUGGCAAAUCCAAUGACAAGGCAGCAAUAGACAAGAUCUUCAAGGAUCUGGACGCAAACGCGGACGGCACUGUGGAUUUUCAAGAGUAUGUCACGCUGGUCGCCUGCCUCACUAUGAUCUGCAACGAUUUCUUCUCCAAAAAAUAAGGAUCCGAGCGCCACCUUGGGGCCAACUGAGAGAGCUGCCGUUCGGUGACAGGAAGUGUCCCUUGACAGCUGUUUUGAAGAAGAUAUAAACACAAAUAUAUGACAAUGAAGUCAAACUUAUACUGAAAUCCAAAAUGAAAUAAAUCUUUUUUUUCUCUCUGAAA